AUGACUGACCAGGUUGAACCAGGAGACAAGAUCGCCAACAGAACAAGAAUGCUGGAAGCUUUUGCACAACAAGCUCGUCAACUGCUCAGUGAUGCGGUCGAUCUGGAGGUGGGGGAGCCACGAUGCCCAGAGUGCAGCCACUGCCGGGGUCUUGAGAUCAAUCAGGAAGCCAAUGCACUGCAGGCCACAGAUGCACCGACUCCAUCAUCUCAAGAUUGUCACCGGAACGCUGAGAUGGACCCAUUCAACUUUUCUGACGGCACUUUGGAAAAUUCAACGACAGUCCCAACUUCCGUCCCCAAGGAAGAUACUCAUCAACCUCGCCCUUGUGAAUCCCGGAGCCUUACAUGCAGCAGCCUUGCUUCCCUACGCGAUGAUCCGGGUAAUGGGCGUGCAGUGAAAACAGGGGCACCCAUAACACCGAACCACAGCCUCCCCCUCAAAUUCAAAGAAGACCCUCGUCCUUUUGGCGCUCUACAUACCCCGUUGUCGGACCAGACCUUUGUGGAUUACAUUGACCUUUCCAACUUCGAAUUUCUUAACACUCACGGCGGCGUAGCCACAUUAACCCCCUCAGAAGAGUCUGCACCGCUAGCGGUAGCAAGCCAGGAGAGUGUACAGGGGGUGGCGGCAUUGCAUCUGGCGGCAAGAGAAGGUCGAACGCGAAUUCUCUCCAUUCUUCUACGGACUGGACUAUCUGUCGACUCGCGAGAUGAACGAGGGCGGACGCCGCUGCAUCAUUGCGCAUCACACGGUCACACCGAGGCGGCAGAGGUUCUUCUGGCGGCGGGAGCCAACAUCAACGCAGUAGAUCUGAACGGCACCAGUGUCAUUAUAGCUGCCGUCAAAGCGGGAAGCGAGAAAAUGGUGGAACUACUGCUAAACUCCAAUAGAUAG